AUGCUCGAGGAAAAGAAAAGGACUCGAGGGAGUCCCGUGGUGUAUUAUAUCAUGGUGUCAUUGUUGUCGGCUGCACUGUUGAUAGAGGGUUGUAUCGGGAUUCACAAAUUUCAGCACAGCUCCCUUGUAGACAAGUCGAAGUCCCGAAUUACCAGCGCAGCUCCCGCCAAAGUUGAAGUAUUGGACCCACAGAAUGUUGAGGAGCUCCAAAGGCUGGGAUUGACCCCUCAGCAAGUGGUUCAGGUUACGGACUCUCUAGGUAAAACCACACAGUACCAUGGGAGGUUCCUCCAUAUAACGGAUAUGCAUCCUGACCCGCUGUUCAGAAAUGGCAGCUCAAUGCGAGAAUUGUGCCAUAGAAAGUCGAGCGGCGAUGAUCAGGCUUCGCCGUAUGGGGAUGCCAUGAGUGGGUGUGACUCUCCAGAAUUGCUGGUGGAAGAAACGUUGAAUUGGAUUAGCAAGAACCUCAAGGACAAGAUAGAUUUUGUCAUAUGGACAGGAGAUAAUAUUCGCCACGAUAAUGAUAGACGGAAUCCAAGACUGGAAAUGGACAUUUUUGACCUGAACCAACAGGUGGCUGAUUUGGUUUCUGCCACUUUCAUGGAGGAGGGUGAUGAGAAUAUCUUGCCAUUAGACAGAAGGAUCAAGAUUAUCCCAAGUCUGGGAAACAACGAUGUUUACCCUCACAACUUGUUCUCACCAGGACCAACAUUACAGACGAGAGAGCUGUUUAAAAUUUGGAGGAACUUUGUCCCAGCCGAACAGAUGCACGUGUUUGAUAGAGGGGCCUAUUUCUUCACUGAGGUGAUACCCGGCAAACUGGUGGUGAUGUCGAUCAAUACGCUGUACCUGUUUCGCUCCAAUCCUUUAGUGGAUAAUUGUGACAGUAGAAAACAGCCUGGAUUCAUGCUUUUCCAAUGGCUUGGGGUUGCAUUGAAGGAACUCAGAAAGAAAGGGAUGAAGGUAUGGCUCACUGGACAUGUGCCACCAACGCCCAAAAACUACGAAGAAUCAUGUCUCGCCAAGCACAUUGUGUGGCUGUACGAAUACAGAGAUAUCAUAAUAGGUGGAGUGUAUGGACACAUGAACAUCGAUCAUUUUAUGACUCUGGAUAGUGUGAGGGCAUACAAAAACAUCAAGACGAAGAUGGCCAAAAAGGGAGUUUUACUUGAUAUUGAUGAGAACUACUUCGACUUUAAUGUGACAAGCGAAGAGCUUAACGAUGACGAGGAGACCACUUUUGUAUCCCAUAGAUACGACGGUGCACCCAAUGGAAAAGUUGCGUAUCUGGAGAGUGUUCGUGAUGACAUGUAUUCCCUGGUGAAAGGGCCAAAGAAGUACGGUGUUGCGGCCGAAAGAUACACCGUUGCCCACAUUUCAACGAGCAUUAUACCGACAUAUAAUCCUGGUAUGAGAGUCUGGGAGUACAACAUCACGGGUCUCUUUGAUUCGUCUGUUGGAAAAGGUGAAGUGGCUGCCUCGCAGAGUGGCUAUGCUGCCUGGUCCGAGGUGUUCGAUAACAUGGAGAAGAUUUUGGCAGAAAACGACGAAGUAGAGGAAGAGGACGAGGACCAAUAUUGGGCGAACUACAAGGCUUCAAGAGACAAAUCUUUGCCUCUCCCUAUGCCAAAGGGAACUCCAUUGGGGCCAGGUUAUGUCCCUCAGUUGUUUUCGCCAGUGAGAUAUGCUCAGUACUUCCUGAACCUUUCAUACUACUCGGAACAUCCAGAAGAGCCGUUGGACUACAAGCUCGAGUAUACUACCGAUAAGCAGUACGGCAUGAAGAGUCUUGUGGCGAAGGAGUGGAUCCAGUUGGCUAGAACCAUGGCCAAAACAUCGUCUUCAAAGGCCAAGACUGAUGAUCAUGACGCGGACGCGGAGGACCAAGUGGAUGCGAGCAGCAAUAUAUCCGCCGAGAAGUUGUGGGAAAAAUACAUCGCCCACGCUUUUGUUUCGUCGGGAUAUCAGCAAUUUGAGUUUGCAAAGUAA